AUGCAGCUCUCCGCCCUCUUCCUCCUCGCCCCCGCCCUCGUGGCCGCGACCCUCGACCCGGCCACCUCCAACACCAAGGGCAAGUGUCCCUCGAGCUACAACUGCAGCGCCACAAAGGUCUCAAAGGCCAUCCAGGCCGCCGAGUGCUCCCACAACACCCGCACCAGCAAGACCCAGACGUUCGCCGUCUUCGAGACCGACCACCAGUACGACGGCAACAACGGGUACCCCUACGGUACCUGCUCCGCGUACACCUGCGAGUCCCCCACCGAGAUGAUCACCGACGACGACUGCUGGACUUUCUUCUGGAGCGGCACCGGUGAAGAGGACGGUGUUGGCACCGGCUGCAUCAAGGACCCCAACACGGGCGUCUGCGGCUGCGAGAACUCUGACGGCACCUUCAUCUCCGGCGCCAGCGACUGCACGUAA